CAGUCUAUACAUAUGAUUUGGAUGAGUGGGCCGAUGCGAAUCCUCCUCCGUGUACUAUGAUGAUCAUAGAUGAGCAUGAGCGAAUCGGAUGGAUGGCUUCUCAACUUUCCGAUCUUGAAGAUGCUGGAUACAGAAUUCUUCUUGCAUAUCCUCCUCAGCGUGACCUAGCAGCCACACCCUUUCCACGUUCCUUUUCUAAACAGUGGGAUUGGGAUGCCUUAGUCUUUGAUGAUGGACAGGAGACAACAACAACAACAACGAGCCUUGUUUUUAGUCAGGGCAAGUACAAUGAUGAAUUUCCCUUUGCUUGCGAAGUAUGCUUUGUUGCUGUCAAAACCUUUGAAGAUUUCACCGCCCAUCUCAAGAGUGUAGAACAUGAGUAUGGUGAGUGGGACAGUUAUGCUAGUAAAAACGGUGUGGAUCGUACUAUCCGUGAAAACUUGCCCUUGGGUCGAUCAAAGGAGAUGGACGUACUGCUUAUCGAAGACAUGGAAUGGCGUCUUAUGAAAAGGAAGGAGCAUAGCCACGGCUUACGUAGUCCUCAAACCAGACUUGACCUCUUUUGAGUCCCAACUAAUUUACUUAGCUAUGAGUUUUGGUUUUACCUUGACUUGGGUUUUAUUCUAAAGUAUUGAAAGGAACAUUUGAAGAA